GGAUCUUCUUACACAGGGAUAGAUAACUGAGAUCAUUUUACUGCCUCUUUCUACACGAAGAGAACUGUUACUAUAAUUAAGCCCAUACAGCUGCAGUUCAAUAGAAACACUAACAGGAUGGAUGCCACUAUAGCCUGCUGUGGUCACACAAAGCCCAUAGAUCGCUGUGUGACGCGUCCACCGUGUAACUAGGGGCGGACAGGAAGAGCAUGUCUUCUCUCAGUCUGGCCCAUGCCUCCUGUAAGAAGCGCAAAGUGGUCAACGUAAUUUUGUUGGACAAGGAACAUAUACAAGUCUACGUUGAUGUAAAAUCAAAAUUUCAGGAUGUGUUCAAUCAAGUGACAGGGCACCUGAAUCUGCGUGAAACUGAGUAUUUUGGAUUGGCGCAGAAGAAAGACGGUGAAUACCAAUUUGUCACUCUGGAGGAAAAAAUUCACAAGCAAGCACCAAAAGCAUGGAAGUCGAGUCAUGGAGAGGGUUUUGAUGCAUUGGGCCAGCCUGUUUUUACUGUGUACUUCAAAGUGCAGUUUUAUGUUGACCAAGUCGUCCUGUUGAGGGAGAAUGUGACACGGCAUCUGUAUUACCUACAACUGAGGGAAAACAUCCUCAACUAUGACCAUGUUUGUACGGAGGAGAAGUGUUUCCAGAUUGCAUCCUUUGCUCUCCAGGCUGAUUUUGGCAAUUACUUUCCUGACCGACAUGGUGACGAUUACUUUGACCCUAGGGAAUACUUCCCAGCUUGGAUGAUCCAGCAGAGAGGUGGUUCCUAUAUACAAAAAAAUACUCCACUUAUACACCAAGAUCUGCAAAAUCUGACCAAGUCAGAAGCCAAACUACGAUUUAUCAAGGAAGCAUCUCUAUCUCCCGCUGCCCAUAAUCUCCACUUCUACCGCCUGCGAAAAAGGAAAACGGACAAACGAUGGAAUGCCUGGCUAGGCAUUUGUGCACGUGGCAUAGAGAUUUAUGAGGAACUUGAAGGCCAUUUGAAAGAUUUGAUUUCUACUUUCCUGUGGCCAGACAUAGGAAAAUUAUAUUUUGAUAAAAAGAAGUUUGAGAUUAGAUCAGUAGGUAACCCUGCAGGGCGGAAGUUUACCUACUACACUGACUGUGAUAACACAUCCAAGUACUUACUGUACAUCUGUCGCACCACACACAUGUUCCAGAUGGCCAUUCAGUCCAAACUCAUGGAAAUACAGCACCUCGACGCAGAAGACAAAAAGAGAUACAAUGAAGCAUACAUAUACAGUGACACAAAGGACUACAUGGCCAAUGGAGGUUCCUUCAGGGGGAGUUUGUCCCCUGCCAGCAAGUCCUCAAGUACCAACCCUCGUUACUCAGUCAUAAGUGAUGCCAGCUCCAACACCACAUCUGGCAUUGCCAGUGACAAGAUGACCAUCAGUUUUGAGGGGGAGGAUGAUCCAUCAAGAGAGAUAUUGAUAGACUGUCCUCCUAGACCAAUGAGCCGACUGACACCUCCUAGUCAAUCCCGUUCCAAGUACUCAGUAGUGUCACGGGAUGGUGUGUCUGUGUCUACUCUGCCAAACUACAAAUCAAACAAGAAUGGAAGUUCUGGGAUGGAGGUGGGACCUACAGAAUUGUACAAAUCUUCAUCAGUGGGACGUCCAGGUGGGUCUAAACCUGGAGACCAUUCCCCAUCUAUACCACGUCCUCAACAGCUCUCACCCUCAUCUAAACAUGGGACAGACAAGAGGUCACCAGGGUCGUCAUCUGUUGGGGCUUUCCCUCUUAGUGGACAUCAGUCAGAUAUAGAUUUCUCCCCAUCAGGGGGUGAGGGGUACCGUAGAAUGUCUCAACAACAUAUCCACCCGCCACAAUUCAGCCCCAGGACAGUACCCAUAUAUAUGGCACCUGCACACACACCAUCAUCAAGUGGGGGAGCCCCGAUGCCUGAACGUAUCUCCUACUCACAGCCAGUCAGUCGAAGCACCAGUCGGGCAGACAGUUUCAAGGGCACGCUGGGCCAGUUACAAAUACACACCAGUGACAGCCAGCUGCCCCAUCUUCAGCUGGACUCUGGACUAAGUGACCAAAUGAUGGACAUGUUUUCUGGCAAUGUAAAUCUAGCUGGUGCCUAUCAGCAGAACCAGUGUGGUCUAGAGGCUGGCCUUCCACACAGGUUACAAAUGUCCAACUUUAUGCCCUCAAAUCGAACUGUAGAAUCCAGUAAUGCCUAUGUAGAGGGCAGUGAGAUGACACUUCAAGCACAUGAACUGUUAGCCCCUCCACCAAUGUUUGCUGACUCGUCUGGCCAUGUUAACUUAGGGGACUCCUCCCCUGUGUUGGACACAAGUGCUGUGUUAAAUUUAGGUCAAGACCCCCAGGUGUCCCAACCCCCAUCUGAACAAAGGCGCUACAUGGAAACAAAUCUGGAUGAGGACUUAGAGUCAUCUCCAGAUACUUCCUUGUCAGACAGUCUUCCACAGAAACCAAGAACAGGAAACAAGAAAAAGGAAACAUUACAUCCGGAACUGAAGGAGAAAAUACUUGGUCAAAAUAUGUUUGCAAUACCACUAAUGAUGGCACUAUGCAAGGACAAAUCCCUUAUGGGCACAAACAGUCAAAAUGGUAAUCUAAGUGGCUCUUACGAUUCAUCUACAAUACAAUCAACAGAUUCACGAAUCUCACACAGGUUGUCCAGUGACCUUGACCCUAGGCGACUGUCAUCCUGUUACCCUAGUAGUACUAUGGUAUCAUCACACUCCAAUCGACCAUUCAGUUGGCAUAGUGAAAGUUUUGACUUGGACGCACAAUUGGCCUUUUCUGGUUACCCAGGUGUAACUGCCUCUGUCGACAAUCAUCGGAGUGUGCCACAAAAUAUUGGUGACUUGACUGGGAUAUCAAACGCUUCCUGGACUCAUGCUAUUUCGCAUGGGAUUCCAUUCAGGCAAGGCAUGCUGGACAGAUACUCACCUGAACUCAUAGCGACACAGCAUAUGAUUCCACCAAAAAUCUCCAGUGGAAGGGGACAUAACUCUAAUGAUAGAAAUAUCAGCCAAAAGCCACUAAAGGAAACAAUAGGCAUCGCAUGACAGUGAAAGUUUUUGCUUAUUCUUUUUUUUUUUUUAAACUUUGUUGAGUUUUUAGACAUUUUAUGUUUAUGUUCCCUCUGUGCUAAUAUAAAUACCUCUAUUUGUUACUGAAUACAAUCUUUCUGAUGUGUUUAACAACAGAUGGUAUUCUAUCUGAUUUUGAAAUCAAAAUUGUGUUUUUAUGUCCUGCCAAGACUAUUAAAGUAGUAUGUAGACUGUUCCACAUCUUUAGAUGAAUCCUGCCAAUAAUGUAUCAUACAUUUCUCCCAAAGUUUCAGAUGCCAGUGUCUUUUGUUCAAAAAACUUUCUUGUUUCACAUGUUAGACACAUAUUGUGAGGAUUAUACUCUUAUUUUACAUCAGUAUUUUACAUGCCAGCCAAAUCAUAUUCCUGUUUCAUAUUUUAGUUACCAAUAUUGUAAACAUUGUAUUUCUUUACAAUGUAGCUGUAGAUCAGGAAAUAAAGACUUUCUGUUUGCUACUGUCAUCAAACAAUGCCACAUUUGGUAGGUAGAGAUAACUCUCUUUAGACAUUGUUAUUAGGUAAUUUUCCUCAAACUUUGUAUUUAGGUAACCCUCUUCAGGCAUUGCUUUUAGGUAAAUUUCUUUAGGCUUUGUUUUUAUGUAACUCUCUUCAGAUUUGAUUUUAGGUAACCCUCUUCAAAUUCGAUUUUAGGUAACCGUUUUCAGUCUUUGUUUUUCGACAACCCUUUUCAAACUUUGUUUUUAGAUAUCCUUUUUUUUAGAUUUUUUUGGUAGCCCUAUUUCGACUUUCUUUUUAGGUAAUUUACCUCAGACUUUGUUUUUAAGGUAACCCUCUUCAGAUUUGGUUUUAGGUAACCCUCAUCAGACUUUGUUUUAGGUAACCCUCUUCAGCCUUUAUUUUUAGGUAACCCUCUUCAGACUUUGUUUUUAGGUAACCCUCUUCAGCCUUUAUUUUUAGGUAACCCUCUUCAGACUUUGUUUUUAGGUAACCCUCUUCAGACAUUGCUUUUAGGUAACCUCUUCAGUCUUUGUUUUUAGGUAACCCUCUUCAGACUUUGUUUUUAGGUAACCCUCUUCAGACAUUGCUUUUAGGUAACCUCUUCAGUCUUUGUUUUUAGGUAACCCUCUUCAGCCUUUGUUUUUAGGUAAUCCUCUUCAGCCUUUGUUUUUAGGUAACCCUCUGCAGACUUAUGGUUUAGGUAACCCUCAUCAGUCUUUGUUUUUAGGUUACCUUCUUCAGACUUUGUUGGGAUAAACUCAUGUCUUUUACUCGUUAUUUUUCACUAAUGAAGAAUUUCACAGUCAAGUGAUGUUACAUAUGAACUCUAAUGAUAGUUGGUAUUGGUGCUUAAUGUUACAAUGAGCUUGAUACUAUCUCUGUUGAGAUGAAAGUACUCAUAUUUGAUAUCUCAGACUUAUAUUCAAAUAUGCUUUGCGUAAUCUUUCUUCAAAAGUUUUUAUCUAUUUUUGUAUGACAAUGAAAAAAUAUCAGUUAUCCUUUCCGUGCUUUCUGGUAGUGUGGAUGAUUUGAUUGGUUCUUUCUAAUGUGUCAAUUGUCACAUUGGCUGUGCUUUGUGUCAGAUGUCACAUUGGCUGUGCUUUGUGUCAGAUGUCACAUUGGCUGUGCUUUAUGUGUCAAUUGUCACAUUGGCUGUGCUUUGUGUCAGAUGUCACAUUGGCUGUGCUUUAUGUGUCAAUUGUCACAUUGACUGUGCUUUGUGUCCACUGUCUCAUUGGCUGUGUUUUGUGUCAGCCAUUCGCAUUGACUGUGCUUUGUAUGUCAAUUGUCGCAUUGGCUGUGCUUUGUGUCAGCUGUCACAUUAACUGUGUUUUGUGUCAGCUGUUCGCAUUGACUGUGCUUUGUGUGUCAAUUGUAACAUUGACUGUGCUUUGUGUUUGUUGUCACAUUGGCUGUGCUUUAUGUGUCAGCUGUCACAUUUGCUAUGUUUUAAUGGUUACAUAUUAUUAUUGUUGUAUGUGUUAGCUGUCGCAUAUUAGCUGUAUUCUUUUUUUUUUCUUUCUGAAAUAUGUUGUUACAACACAAAGAAUAUUCAAAGAUAGACUGUUGAUUUUUAAACAAGUAAGAGAUCACUUAAGAAUAAGCUCAUGUCACAAUAUUUAUGCUGAUAUUUCUUUUGUAGUACUAAACAAAAAAAUAACUUUCCAUAUUAUUUUCAAUACAAAGUGAUGCUAACAAACUUAUAUAGUAAUUUGUUACAACUUGGAUUGCUUAUAAAAUGAUGGUCCUUAGGUUUCUUCCCAUGUUUUUAAAGGAAAAGAGUUGAAAAUAUGCUUCCCUUAUAGACUGUUUUCAUGGGACACAUUUUAUGUCUUGUACAGAUGUAAAGUUUAUUUUAAAAAAAAAGAUUAAUGCAUAUUGUCCUGUAUAGAAAAGAUGAUUUUAAAGCCAGUAUCUGCUUUGAGUUCUGAUAGAGUUUGUCGAACUAUCAAGUUCAUCUCUCCUAUAACGCACAAACCUCUGAUCCUGCUUUGAGUUCUGAUAGAGUUUGUCGAACUAUCAAGUUCAUCUCUCCUAUAACGCACAAACCUCUGAUCCUGUUUCAGCUUUUGUACAUGAAUACUAUCACAGGGUGCUGGGUCGGGACUAUAUAUAUAUAUAUACACAUGUUUAGGUGAGCUCAUGCUCUUUUUCAUUAAGAUUGUCUUCAUUUUGUCAUCUUCAGAUUUAACAUUCUGCAGUUUUUAACAUUUUGUCGCUUAACCAUUAUUUCCAAUCUUGUAUAUGUAUUCAUGGAAAUAUAUUAAAAUUCUGCUAUGUUCUUCUUUUCCUUGCCAUUUUUACACAUAUUGUACUAUUUUGAGCAUUUUCCCAUAUAACAUACCAGUGCAAUAUAUUACUGGUUUCUUUUGUAUUAAAAGUCGGAUUGUGAUAUAAACUAUAUUGAUAUUAUUUUUCAACAACUUGAAAUAUGCAUUUUUUUGUUUUGUAUUUUUAUUUCCCACCUAAAUUUCAUAUAUGAUAAGCUAGUUAUUUUUCACAAAACAAUGUCAAACGUUUGUAUGCAGAUCAAAGCGUUUAUUGCUGUUUUUACAAGCUUGUUUUUUAUUGGAAAGUUAACUUGUGAUAUAUCCAUAUUUGUUUAUAUUUUAUCAAAACAAGGAAAAUUGGCAGUUGUUAAAUGUUUAUUUUUUACUUCAAAAUACACUUAACAUAAAUUGAAGGUAUUGAAGAUACUGUUUUGAUUUUUAUUUACGUGAUUAAAAAAUCAUGAUUUGUAAAGAAAAAAGUCAGCAUUUUAACUACUGGUGAUAGUCUAGUAGGUCAGACAUGGAAAAAGGCAAUUUCAGAGGAAAAACAAUGUAGCAGGUCGUUAUUCUUGUAUUUUGAUGAGAACAAACAUUUACAAUACAUAUGUUAUAUAGAAAUUAACUUCUAUUACAUUAUAUAUUACCAGUAUAUAUAGUGAGCUAUGUACAUGCAUGUGUAUUUUAUGAGAAACAUGUAGCUGUGAGCAAUUUUGUAUAUCCGUUUGUAUUUGUGGAUUGUAUUUGAUACAGGCUUUGUCAAGAGGAUGGAAGAGAUAUGAAUGGUGUUAUCACAUUCUCUUAUAGUAUAGUGCAAUAUAUAUAUAGAUAUAUUUUAUAUAUUUCCUUUGAGUGAGAGACACAUAUUGUGGACUUAAAAUGUGUGUGACAUAUAGAAAUAUCUUGUUUAACAUAUGACUUUGACAUAUAGAAAUAUCUUGUUUAACAUAUGACUUUGACAUACAGAAAUAUCUUGUUUAACAUAUGACUUUGACAUACAGAAAUAUCUUGUAUAACAUAUGACUUUGACAUACAGAAAUAGCUUGUUUAACAUAUGACUUUGACAUACAGAAAUAUCUUGUAUAACAUAUGAGUAUGACAUACAGAAAUAGCUUGUUUAACAUGACUGUGACAUAUAAGAUAUGUUAUAUAACAUAUGACUUUGACAUACAGAAAUAUCUUGUAUAACAUAUGACUUUGACAUACAGAAAUAGCUUGUUUAACAUAUGACUGUGACAUAUAAGAUAUGUUAUAUAACAUAUGACUUUGACAUACAGAAAUAUCUUAUAUAACCUUCAGCUGUGACAUACAGAAAUAUCUUGUAUAACCUUCAGCUGUGACAUACAGAAAUAUCUUGUAUAACCUUCAGCUGUGACAUACAGAAAUAUCUUGUAUAACCUUCAGCUGUGACAUACAGAAAUAUCUUGUAUAACCUUCAGCUGUGACAUACAGAAAUAUCUUGUAUAAACUUCAGCUGUGACAUACAGAAAUAUCUUUUAAAACAUUAUUGUGCUUUGUCUGUUAAAGCUCUUGAAAAGAUUGUUCAAUGUGGGUGAGCUCAUGAAAAGGGAACUCUGUCUGUUGGGGCUCUUAACAGGGUGCUCUGUCUGAAGGUGCUCUUGAGCAGGAGGCUCCAUCUGUAGGAGCCCAAAAACAAGGGGCUCUGAAGGUGUUCUUUAAUAGGGUGCUCUGUCUAAAGAAGCUCUUGAAUGGAGAAAUCUUACAGUAAAGUUGGGACUUAUUAACAAAUUUGUGUUUAUAUACUUUUCAAAUUCUGUCUGUAGGAACUCUUUGACAGAGGCACAUUUGUUAGAGCUUGCAAGAAGCUCUUAAAUUUGGGGUUGAAUGGUGCAUUAAGCCUUAAACAUUUACUUCUUUGAAUUAGCUCCAAAAGUUUAGAAUACCCAAGGAAGGGUCCUUCAGAAGGACAUGUGUUGUGUAAAUGGUGACAAAGGAAGUUUGUAUGGCUUAACUAUUGUGGUAAACAAGAAUGUACAUUUUAUGUAAGAAAACAUAUUUGUAUGGUAAUUUGUAUAGAUUUGUACAUAAAAAUAUCAUUAUAAGAGAAAUGUAAUCUUGCUCAGGGUGAUAUAUUUAUUGUGUAUUAGUUGUACAUGAUGAGCAAAAAUUGGCAAAUUUGUGUAUUAGAGAACAUAAUAUGGAAGUAAAUGUGUAUAACUAUAUUAUGUUUAACCAUGUCAAAUAGUGAUCGUAUUUAAUGCAGUACAAAGCUGAUGCCUAUCAGUAGAUACAGGUAUUUAUCUGUGGUGCCUAUCAGUAGAUACAGGUAUUUAUAUGUGGUGCCUAUCAGUAGAUACAGGUAUUUAUAUGUGGUGCCUAUCAGUAGAUACAGGUAUUUAUAUGUGGUGCCUAUCAGUAGAUACAGGUAUUUAUAUGUGGUGCCUAUCAGUAGAUACAGGUAUUUAUAUGUGGUGCCUAUCAGUAGAUACAGGUAUUUAUAUGUGGUGCCUAUCAGUAGAUACAGGUAUUUAUCUGUGGUGCCUAUCAGUAGAUACAGGUAUUUAUACGUGGUGCCUAUCAGUAGAUACAGGUAUUUAUAUGUGGUGCCUAUCAGUAGAUACAGGUAUUUACAUGUGGUGCCUAUCAAUAGAUAGAGGUAUUUAUAUGUGGUGCCUAUCAGUAGAUACAGGUAUUUAUCUGUGGUGCCUAUCAGUAGAUACAGGUAUUUAUAUGUGGUGCCUAUCACUAGAUACAGGUAUUUAUAUGUGGUGCCUAUCAGUAGAGAUCGGUAUUCGUGUGUGGUGCCUAUCAGUAGAUACAGGUAUUCUUGCUUGUACCAUUGCAUAGAUGUGUUUUAGUGUACAUGUGUCCUUUCUGUGUACAUGUGUACUUUAAUGUACAUGUGUAUGUACCUAUGGUAUACAUGUGUAUACACCUUGCAUACCUGUUAGUGUACUGCUGGUAUAUACAUUAUUUUGGUAUACAUGUGUAUACAACCUGUGGUAUAUAUGUGCAUGUACUAGCUGUUGUGCAUAUGUACUGUAAAGACUAAUAGGGGAAAAGUAUGAUAUAAAGGAGUCAAAGUGCCUCCAUCAAGAUUUUAUAGAAUCAUAUCUAUUUUACAGUUUAGCCACUUAGUCUGCCACAUAUCAUUGUCAAGUGGCUGUUCAAUAUUAAAAAAUGAAAAGUUGAUAAAUAAUAACUUAUUUUGGUUUAAAUCUAAUCAGAAUCUAUUUAGGACAACAGAAUAUAACAAAUCUAAAGGUAAGCAUUGAACAUUAUUGCUGAGGAAUGGUGAACUAAAUGGAUAUCAUCCAUACAGGUGAAAGAUAAACUUGUCAGCAUAUAUUUACUGAGAACAAAAAGCAGAGCUUAUGGAAUCUUUUAAAGUUAUCAGGAAAUAGAAAUAUUUAAGUGUGACCUAUGAGGAUGUAACAGGAGAAUGUUAAUUGAGUGAGAUUUGAACAGAUUGACCUUAUUGUGAUCCACACUGUAGUCAUUCCAGAGACCGAUUUUACCCUGUAAGAAAUGUUCUUUUAUUUUUUUCUGACCAGCAGACAGCCUAUUGUUAUAACCAGAGGAUUGAGCAGCAUGUUUACAUCUAGUCUAAUAAAAAAAAAUUAUACUAAUUUGACAUUAUUAACCUUUCUAUAAGUUGUUGCCUUUUUUAACAUAAUGCAGCAUAUGUAAUUGUGGAAGGUUUUCCCCAUAGUUUUGGUGUUAUAGAUAGCCCUUCACAUUGCACUGGCAGAUUCAACAAGGGUUAUCUCCCCUGUGUCAUAUUUGUACAGCAUUAUUUCAAGUAAACUAGUAUGAAACAAUACAUUCAUAUGUCUCUCAUUAUCUAUGCAAAACUGCAAUUAAACUGAUCAACCUAACAGCAUAACCCAUCAUACAAUGUAAGUAGUCAUGUUUAGGGUUGAUUUGGACAACCUGUCACUGUUCCAUGUAUGUACCAUGAUCACAGUUUCAUCAGGACAACUCGUCACAGUUACCAGUAUGUACUCUGGUCACAGUUUUACUAGGACAACUCGUCACAGUUUCCUGUAUGUACUGUGGUCACAGUUUUACUAGGACAACUCGUCACAGUUACCAGUAUGUACUCUGGUCACAGUUUUACUAGGACAACUCGUCACAGUUACCAGUAUGUACUCUGGUCACAGUUUUACUAGGAUAACUCGUCACAGUUUCCUGUAUGUACUGUGGUCAUUGCCUCAACUUGUCAAGGUUCCGUGUAAGUACUCUGGCAAUUGUUUCACCGGGUUAACAUGUCACAGUUCCCAGAUUGUACUCUGGUCAUUGACUCGCCGGGUUAACCUGUCACAGUUCCCAGAUUGUACUCUGGUCAUUGACUCACCAGGUUAACCUGUCACAGUUCCCAGAUUGUACUCUGGUCAUUGACUCACCAGGUUAACCUGUCACAGUUCCCAGAUUGUACUCUGGUCAUUGACUCACCAGGUUAACCUGUCACAGUUCCCAGAUUGUACUCUGGUCAUUGACUCACCAGGUUAACCUUUCACAGUUCCUUAUAUAAACUGGUCCCAGUUUCAGAAGGACCUUUUAGGUUCCCUGUUUUCUGUUGAUGGUUUCAUUAGUUUCGUAUACAUACUCUGGUCAUGUUUCAUCCAUUUUCCUCAAAUUUACUAUUGAGAAGCAUUUUAUUGGAAGAAAAUAGUUAAAAAUUUCUUUAAUUUUAGUUAUUUUAUGAAGAAAAUGCUAAGGAAUGUUUAAGAAACAUAUGUAUACCACUCGGUUAACUGACAAGUUAAAGUAUAUUUACUUUUUUGGUUUACUUAUGAUUGAUUUAUUUGUUGAUGAUGUUGAACAUUUUGUUGAAUGUAGAUGAUAUUGACAUUUGAUGAUGUGAUGAUGUUACAGAAUUUUCUGUAACAAGUGUUUGGAACUCCCACUACUUAGGGUAUUUGGGCAGUUCUGUAUGAUAGAUCAUAAAUAGUUUGAUAUUUCAACUGUGAAUGCAUUAAUUAUUUAAGGGAUAUUUUGUUGAUUUGUACAUUGAUUCCAUAUGAGAGUAUAUAUUUUACCUACAGAGUGCUAUGAUUCCUCAGGCAGUUGUGAAAGGGAGAUAAUGGAGACAUGAUAGACCGAUAUGAUAUUUGUGUGUAGCAAGGUUGGAUAAAUGUAUGGAAGUCUGGUAGUGUCUGGGGACUGAUAGCACUGUGUCAGUAAAUGAUAUUGUAUGCAAUAAAGUGAAUUUGGAUAGCUAGAGUCCAUCCAGUCUUAGAUCUGAAUAGUGAAAUCAUGUGAUGUGUUGUUCUUUUCUUAUUAUAACUUGUACGAGGCAUUAUGUUUUGUUGUGAGAGAGAUUUAGCUAGCAGAGAGAGACACUAGAAGAACUAUAGCAUCCAUUCCAUAUUGCAUAGUGAAAUGUAUACAUGCUACUAGUAUAACUUAGAAUGUGUCCAUACUCAUAUCAUGUUAUAUAGACCUUUUUAUCAAUUAGUCAGACGUCAUCUAUUUGUUGGUAUAAUAUAUAUAUAUAUAUAUAUAUAUCAUAUUUUCAUAAAUAAGAUAUGUAUAGUUAUGAAAAAGUAUCAAAUAAAGACCCAAGAUAUUUACUUACAAA